UAAUUAUCCAAUGCAGAGGUAAUAAUGUAAUAUAACACAUUGUGUUUAGAGAAACAGCUCCUGUUAUGCAACAGGGGAAAGUGAAAGUGAAAGUGCUCCCCACUUUAUAAGAGGUGACGCUACGAGGAGCCCACAUUAGUCCUUCACUGUCUUCCAGAACAACAGCAGCUCAGUUUGAGCUCUUUCCUCUGCAGCCAUGGGAGGAUCGUUCAGUUCUCGCCCUCCUCCACCCUCUCCACUUCUCAGUGCCCCAUGGAGGAGAAUCAACUGGAGUGAUAAUCACAGCACUCUGCAGUAUGUGAAGGCCUACCAACCGGAGACUGAAGACCAGGUGAUCCGGAUUCUUCUUCACGGGCUGGUUGGAUCUGGAAAAUCCAGUUUCAUCAACUCUGUGGAGAGUGUCUUACGAAACAGGAUGUGCAUACCAGCUUUGGUGGGCAACGCCACUCAAGACUGUUUCACCAGAGAGUACAAAACGUACACGUUCAAAACAGGAAACCAGGGAACCUUCCCUUUUGUCAUCAAUGACAUCAUCGGCCUGAAAAACAACUGCAGCCGAGGCAACAGAAACAACCACGUGAAGGAUGUCAAACGGGUGAUGAAAGGACAUGUGAAGGACGGAUACAUAGUCAAUCCUAAUGCCAAGAUAUCAAAGGAUGAUCGAUUCUACAAACCAACCCCAAGUGCCAACGACAAAGUGCAUGUCCUGGUUUUUGUUAUUGAUGCCAACAAAUGGUCUCUGAUGAAUGAAAAAGCUUUGGAGGCUUUGGAUGACAUCAGAGAUGAGGCCAAACUACUGGAUAUUCCUCAAGUGGCCAUUCUCACCAAAAUCGAUGAGGUCUGUCCUGAGAUCCAAAAAGACAUAAAGAACGUCUACAAGAGCAAGGAACUGAAGGAGAAGAUGGAGAAGGUCAGUGGAGCUGUGGGUGUUCCAAUGAACUGCAUCUUUCCUGUGAAGAACUACAGCAAGGAGCUGGACCUGGACAGUGACACUGACGCUCUGAUCCUGAGCGCACUGAAACCCAUCCUCGACUUUGGAAACGACCACCUCAACAAACGCUAUGCAUAAUGUGUACUCAAUGCAUCAUAGCAUACAUUAUAAACCAAUCAGAAAGGCUUCGGGUUGUAGUAUUCCCCACUGGGACGCAUAAAGGCUUUGAUUCAGAUUAUUAUAAAGCUCAAAUAAAAAGGUGGAUUAUUUGUUGCUUUUGCAGUAAUGGCACCAAAGAAUCCUUCAGGAAUGUCCCUGGCUCAUGAGAUCAUACUUACACUGCUUGUAUGUUUAUUCUGCUGGACUGAUAAAGGGUUCUGGUUCUGAU